AUGCUGACAGCGCUCGCCCCGCCAGCCCUGCCCGGGCCCCCAGAGCCGCUGGUCGCCGCACCCGCACGGCGCCAGGACUCCUCGGGCUCUUCCAGCUCCUACUACACGGCUCCAGAUUCGCCAGAGACCCCGGACGCUGGGCCGGACGCAGAAGGCCUGGCAAAUUGGCCCCGGGUGGCCCCUGCGCUGGGGGCGGGCGCGCAGCCUCGCCUGUCCGUCAGCGCCCAGAAUAGCCGCCAGCAGCUCCGGCCCGGCUCGGGUUUCCAGCGAGGCCUGGGCUCGGACCCGUGGCCACCCCCGCCCCAGCUGCGCACGCUGCCGUCGGGGGAGAUGGAAGUCAUCUUCAGCACUGGACCCCUGUUCAGCCGCCCCGACGCGGCCGACAGCGAGGUGCAACAGCUCACCGAGCAGGCCUUCCGCGGCCUCUCUCCGCCGGGUCCCGCGUCUCCAGACCCCGCCACACAGCAGCCCCAGGACCCUGAAGGUGGCUCCCGCUGGGCCACCUACCUGGAGCUGCGGCCCCGCGGACGGAGCCCUGCCGCCCCGGCGCAGUUCGAGUGUGUGGAGGUGGCGCUCGAGGAGAGCGCUGCGCCCGCCAGGUCCCGCACGGUGCCCAAGCGUCAGAUCGAGCUGCGCCCUCGGCACCGGAGCCCCCCGCGGGAGACCAGCGCGCCGAAGCCUCCCCUGCUCCUGCGCACCGGUUCCCUGGACGAGUCGCUGGGCCGCCUGCAGGCUGCCGCGAGCCUCGUGCAGACCGCUUUGGCCAGAAAACUGAGCCCCGUGGCCCCUGCCCGCAGCAGCGCCACCUUCGGGUCCACCCGGCGACCAGAGUCUUCGCCCCGGGAUACGACCGGCAGUGCCCGAGUGGUCCAGGAACAGACCAGAUCUCGGCCGCCCCGGAUAGACGGCAGUUCGGUCCCCGCCAGGGCCCCGCGGCCGUGGCCCAGCCUCCGGGAGCGUGCGAUUCGUCGAGACAAACCCGCUCCCGGAACGGAGCCCCUCGGUCCGGUUAGUUCCAGCAUCUUCCUGCAGUCAGGGGAGAAGACCCACGAGGCACCCGACCAGGAGCCCAAGACUCGCUUCCCACCAGAGACUCCGGAGCCAGCGGCUCCGAGGGCGCAGAGUCCGGCUUUUGAGUCUGGGGCUUCCUGGGACCUUCUGACGAAGGCCGCGACGCCCGGGAGCCAGUCCCCGCCGUGGCAGGCUCCAAAUGGGAUUGUGCGAGGUCCUCGUUGCGUGUCCCCCGAGAACCUGCCCCUGUGGACUCGGGCUAGUCCUAGGGCCCGUAGCCCGCCGCUUCCCCAGGCAUCCUUUGAAUGGAAAAAUCAGGAUCCCACCGUGGAGGAAACUGUCAGCAGGAGGAGCCCUUCCCCUCCGACCCUUUCCCAGUGGAAUCAGGGCAUUGCCAGGGCAGGCAGCCCAUCUCCUGAAGUUCCUUCCCAGUGGGCGGUUCGGCAUCCGCCUGUGGGGAAUAAGGAAGAAAGUAGGAGCCGGUCCCCACAGGCCUUGCCAUCAUGGGAGGUUCCAGAUCGUCCUGUUGGGACAUGGAACCCAUCACCCCGAGAGAUGUGGGAUUCAUCGAUAGUGUCUCACCGGGAAGCUCUGAAUGGCGUAGCCCUAGAGAGGCUGGCGCCGGAGACUCCGGAGCCUGCAGAGGCGCGGAGCCCGUCCACGCGGGAGAUGCCAGACCUCGCCUUCGGAAGCAGUCAGCGGUUGCCAGAGGUGGCUGCACCAGAGCUGCCCCCCAAUAGCCUCCUGGGCACGGUGGAUACCGACGCUCGCCCCGAAGCCUUAGGCCCGGGAGAAGCGGCCUCGGGUCGCCGGCGCGUGGCCAUUCCGCGGCCCCGCGACGUGCGCAAGAUGGUGAAGACCACGUACGCGCCCAGCUUCCUGGCGGGAGCCUCGGGCUCAGGGCAGCCUUUGCCUCCUGCAGACCCCAACGAGGAGAAAGGCGGCGCAUCCAGGAAGCAAGAACUGGGGUCCCCCGCCCCGGCUUACUACACUUCCGUUUUUCUCAAGGACUUUCUGCCGGUCGUGUCGCACCCUUACGAGCCCCCAGAGCCACCCCCCGACACAGUUCCCAGGGACGCUUUGCAGCCCAACGGGGUCCUGCGGAGGAGAGCGGAGAACAGCACGGCAAAACCCUUCGCUCGCACUGAAAUCCGUCUGCCUGGUGCCCUGGCCUUGGUCCACCGACCCGAGGGAACCCGGGGAGCCCUGGCGCACGACCCUGCUGGGGAAAACCUGGAUGCGGAGGUCCAGUGCCUGCUCCCGGAGGGCGAGGGCCGCGCCAGCCCUCAAGGCGGCGCUCGCAGCUCACCCCAGAGGUCGCCCGUGGGGUCAGCAGGGGCUCGACGACCAGGACCCGGGUCCCCGCUGGUACACCCAAGGUCGAGCCCUGGAAGAGCGCCCAAGCUGGAGACACCCCCCACUGCCCCCAAGCCUGAGGCCGCGGCCCAAUCGUCCCCCUCCCGGGAGUCCACUGGCAAAACGGCCCCGCCCCUGCCCCGCGCGGCGUCUGCGCCCCCCAUGGACCGAGCCCCUGGAAGCCCCUCCCUGGGGCCCCGCAGACAGCCCCGGGCCGCGCCCUCGGGGAAGGUCCUGGUGGACCCCGAGAGCGGCCGUUACUACUUUGUGGAGGCGCCGCGGCAGCCUCGGCUGCGGCUGCUCUUCGACCCAGAGAGCGGGCAGUACGUGGAGGUGCUGCUGCCGCCCUCGCCCCUGGGGCCAUCCCGCCGCGUCUACACCCCGGUGGCCCUGGGUCCUGGCCUCUACCCGCCCGCCUAUGGGCCUGUCCCCGGCCUCUCACUGCCGCCGUCCCCCGGCCCCCAAGCCUUCAGCGGCCAUCAGCUACCCUGGGCCUCGGAGGCGGCGUCCCUGGAUGGGAUGUACUACCUUCCGGUGAGCGGGAACCCCAGUCCUGCGCCUCCCCUGCUGCUUUGUGCACCGCCCCCCUGCUCCGGUCCCACCCAACCGGGUAAAGGAUCCUUGUUUCCAGCGUGAGGCUCCGGGGUUUGACCCCCACGGUGUUGGAGACUAUUGAUGGCCUUGGAGGUUCUGGCAUCCUGUCCCCCGCCCUUCUUUCUUUCUAUCACCUCUUUAUUCCCCCAUCCUAUCCGGGCUUCAAAAUGAAAGUUACCUUUCAGGGAUGUGUCCCAGACUCCAGAGCUGAUGGAACUAGAGCUCAGGAAGUGGCUGCCUACUUCCUCCGCAAACAAAACUGAAUAUCCCUUUUCCCAGGCAUUGCCAGAGUGUGGUGUGUUUGUGUGUGCAAAAGUGAGGAAACACAGGACUUUUCUCCAGAAGCCAACCUAAGAGGGAGUUGGACUUCCCACGGGGCAGCAGGAAAUGGGAGCAGUCAGGGAGGGCUUGCCCCAGAGCUGUCUAGAGAGCUCUAGCGGUCUAGAGAGCUGUCUAGAGGCUAGAAAGCUCUGGUGGGAUGGAAGGAGGACUCUGGCAAUCAAAUCUGUUAUUCUUUCUUUUUUAAAGAUUUAUUUAUUUAUGCAUACAAGAACCGUGGUACAGGCCAGAGGUGGGGGCGGGGGGGGGUAGAAUAAGAUUUGCCAGAGACAGAGUGGGGAGCAGAACAGGCAGAUCAACUGAAAUACACUGCUGAGGGGAGCAGGGAAUGAGACAGGAGAGGUCUGCUGCGCCAUGUGGGUGAGCUCCCUGGCUGGGGAUCACACUGGUACUGCAGUGGCUGCUGAUUGCUUCAUAGUGCUGAGGCUUAACCCCUUGCGCCAGCAGGGAGGCCCUCAAAUCUGUUAUUCUUUGCAAGAAUCUGAACCUUGCCUGGAAGGCUGAGGGAGAAAGUGGCUAAUACAGCCCCCUUGCCAGGUCGGGUCUGAGAAAGGAAGCUGUGGGGACAACAGGUGGAGGUGGAGCAGGGAAGUAACAGGAGGGGAGGGAGAGGGCUAGCCAGGAUUUGAAAUAGGGAUCUGGGGGUGAGGAGGAGGGGGCUGUAUUCACCAGCUGAGAGUACUACACCUCAACCUUCCCCUCACCCACAGUCUCUGACUUGGCUUCUGGAAACCCUCAGAGCUGAGCUGGCUCAUCCAGGGCCAGGAGUGGGGGUUUCAGUCAUUCCAGAGUGGGGGGUAGAUAGAGUAAGUGGUCAGAAAGGACUUACAAGCAGGAAGGAUGGUUGAGCUAUUGUCCCAGAGGAGCCUUUUGACCCCUCUGGGUGGAGUGGAAAGUGUGUUAGGGCUGGCAGAAAAGGGAUUCCCAUGGGAGUGGGGGGUGGCAGCUGAUUCCACUCCCCAAUAACACCUGUGGCAGCCAUGCCCAGAAAGGGGCUAGCUCUGUAGGCUGGUCACAGUAUUGGAAGGGACAACUCAGAGUCACUGAGGAAGGCGGAGGGAGAUGAGGGGAAUUUGCAUGGGUGGGACGUGCUCUGUGUGGAUCUGUGUGUAGUUGUGAGCUUGAAGUGGCUGGGUGUUGCUGGACUAAUAUGUGAUAUGAUUAAUUUAGGGAAGGCCAGUUUCCAUUAGAAGUAGCGUUAGGGAUGGAGAUGGAUGCCUUUCCUAAAUUCUAGGUUUCUGGGGGGCCUGGGUCCUUUAGUCAUUGCCCCCCUGCCUUGGACUGGAAUCUGUCUGGGAAAGAAUAACCUGAGUCAGAAUAACCUGGACAUCUCAUGGCCAGAGAUGCCAGAUUUGAGGGCAUGGAGGGCCGUGGGCCACCCCUGGGCCCCUUACCUCAUUCUGGUGUGCAAUAAAUCUCUGACACAAUGAGCCAUGAUGG